UCUGGGCAUAUGCCGAGCCCUUCCGGCCCCUGGAACACAGCAGGUUGGCAGUGGAGCGCUGCGUCUUAUGCGUCAGGUUCCUGGUGGUGGCAUUCUCCCAGCGCCUGGCCGGGGGGUGCCUGGAAUGCCAGAGACUGGUGGGAGUUGGGUCGGCUCGAUGGCGAGACUCGUAAGGGCCACGUCCGAAGAUGGAUGGCGCGCGAUCAGAGUGCAUCGGAUGCAGGCGAGAGAGUGGGCACCGUCACCACGCCUGCAGCAUCCGUGGCCAGUGUUGAGCCAGAAGGACCAGCAACAGCUUCGGAGCCCGCGCCCUCGGUCCGCCAAGCACUUACAGUGCAAGGCUCCCAGCAGGGACGAGCCAUGAUUGCAGGCAGAAAGCAGAUUGAGAACCGCAGCUGGCGAAUUCCCGUUGGCUGGUAUGCCUUGCAUGUGGGCUCCCGCCCCCUUGCGGCUCUUGGUGAUGAGUGGGUGCAGAGGACGGCAGCUGCAAUGGAACUUAGAGGCUGA